GGCAAAAAGACAAAAACCAAAAAGCACAGAGGCUACAACAACAGGAAACUCGUCACAAUGAAAGGUUGGAUUUUACUGCUGAUGUUGGCAAGGCUUGUCGAUUUUUCCAUGACACAACCGACCAACUCUUUGACCUGGCUAAGUUAUCUGCGCAACCGUGCCUACAGUCACGCUUAUGGCCGCAGUCACAAUAACAACCACGCUUCUCUAAGAGCAGAGGAUGAGGAUGAACCUCCUGUGCUGGACUGUCCUUUGGAGUGCGACUGCCCUCCAUCCUACCCCAGCGCGAUGUACUGCGACAACCGCCAGCUGCAGCACGUCCCGUUUGUCCCAUCUCAUAUCAAGUAUGUAUACCUGCAAAAUAACCAGAUCACGACCAUCACAAAUGGAGUCUUUGAUAAUGCUCCAAAUUUAGCUUGGAUCAGCCUACACACAAAUAAACUGAACUCUGACAAGAUUGGUGACAAAGUCUUCGCCAAACUACCAAACCUCCAACGCCUCUUUUUACACAACAACAACCUGAGCCGGGUUCCACAGGGUUUACCACGUUCCCUACGAGAUCUACACAUGAAUCACAACAAUAUCGCGAAGAUCCCGGUCGAAUCUUUCCGUGGAAUGAGCAACCUGACGGCCCUGCACCUCCAAGUGAAUGCCAUUGAAGACCUCGGCAAUGCACUUCAGGGUCUGCAAUCGUUGACCCUGUUAGACUUAAGAGGGAACCGACUGAAGAAGAUUCCAGAAAGCCUGCCGCCAAUGCUGAGCCAGCUCUACCUCAAGUACAACCGCAUAUCCAGCGUUCCUGCUGAUUUUCUGAGCCAGCGGCCUGAGCUGCGCUUCGUACGCCUGUCCCACAACCAGCUCACCAAUGGGGGAAUUCCAACCAACGCUUUCAAUGUCAGCACACUUGUGGAGCUCGAUUUGUCCUUCAACAAGUUGGAGAGGAUUCCCACUAUCAGCACCAGUCUGGAGAAUCUGUAUCUCCAGGCCAACAAGAUCAAAGAAUUUUCAGUGAGCAGUUUCUGCAGAGUUGUGGAUACAAACAAUUAUUCUAAUCUGCGUGUACUGCGUUUGGAUGCCAAUGAAAUCAGAGCCCAAGACAUACCGACUGAAGCUGUACUCUGUCUGCGCCUGGCAACCAACAUCGACCUGUAGGCCUGACAGCAUCACAGCCACAGAAACCAACUGUCGAACAUGAGCAUAUAGGGAGAGAGAGAGAGAGAAACAGAGAGAGGGACAACAUCUUGGACAUUUAGGAAAAUUUAGUUAUUUGUAUUGUCUAUUUGACAGUAAAAUGAUUG